AAAAUCUCUCGGAAAUUUAUAGAGUCAAGUGAAACUAGCCACUUAUUGUGUCUUAAAUUUUCAACAGUCCUUAGUCAAAAGCAAGACUUCUCACUUAAGUUUUACUCCUAUAACUUAAAACGUUCCUUUAUGCAAUCAGCAAAGGCUGUUCAAAAGAAGUCCACUACCCACACACACACACACACACAGAGUAGAAGAAGAAUGACGGACGCAAAGGUAGAAACGAUAUCAAGGUUAGCUCAAUGGAGGAUCGACAACUUCGGAGCAUCCACUUACAAGCGAUCCGACCCUUUUAAAAUUGGUAUCUGGAACUGGCACUUAUCAAUUGAAAAGAACCGGUAUUUGUAUAUUCGGUUGUUUCCAGAACCAUCUCGGCUUUCAAAAGAGCAGCUUCCUCCUCCCUUUGCUCGGUUUAUGCUCCGUGUCACCACCACCGGCACCAACCGUAGACCUCACAUAUCUCCUGUGUAUGAGAGGCUGCUUCGAACAAGUGAUGACUUUGUGUGGCCUAUUGAUUCUGCGUUACAAGGUCGAUUCAUCAUUGAUGUUGAGUUCCUUGACCUGAAGAUCUACUCACCAAAUGGUGGAGAAGGCAAAUCUAUAUGGCCCGAUGACAUUAUUUUGCAAGCUUUAGCUACCCAAAGUACUCUCCGGUGUCUCUCUCGUAUGCUUGACGAGUCCAUCCAUGCUGAUGUUACCAUAAAUACCGCUGAUGGAUCAGUGAAAGCUCACAGGGCGAUACUGUCUGCUAGUUCGCCUGUGUUCCACAGCAUGUUCCUCCACGAUCUCAGGGAGAAAGAGUCCUCUAUGAUUGACAUAGAAGACAUGUCAACAGAAUCAUGCACAGCCCUUCUCAGUUACCUGUAUGGGACCAUAAAACAAGAGGAUUUCUGGAAGCACCGGUUGGCACUUCUGGGUGCGGCAAACAAGUAUGACAUUGCAGAUUUGAAGAAUGCUUGUGAGGAAAGUCUCCUAGAAGACAUCAACUCGGGAAAUGUCCUCGAAAGAUUGCAAGAGGCUUGGCUUUACCAGCUAAAUAAAUUGAAGAAAGGUUGCUUAACGUAUUUGUUUGAUUUUGGCAAGAUUUAUGAUGUUAGGGAUGAAAUAAACAACUUCUUCAGACAGGCAGAUAGAGAUCUGAUGCUAGAGAUGUUUCAACAAGUGCUCACAGUUUGGAAGCCGGCGUAACCUGAUAUGAGGUUUUUGUCCAUAUCUGUAUGUAGAUAACUCUUAACUCUAGCUAUUACUAACCUGUAGCUUUCUAAGAAAGCCGUGUGGUGUCUUACACUAUUAUAAUCCGGUGUAAAUUUGUGGUACUAUUAAGUAUGCAACUGAGAUGGUUAGUGUUCUGUGCUGGCAUCUAUUAUGGGGAAUA